AUGGAACUACUGUCGCCUCCACUCCGGGACGUAGACUUGACAGGCCCCGACGGCUCUCUCUGCUCCUUUGCCACAGCCGAUGACUUCUACGAUGACCCGUGUUUCGACUCACCAGAUCUGCGCUUUUUCGAGGACCUGGACCCGCGUCUGGUGCACGUGGGGACCCUCCUGAAACCGGAGGAGCAUACACACUUCCCCACCGCGGUGCACCCAGGCCCCGGCGCUCGCGAAGAUGAGCAUGUGCGCGCGCCCAGCGGGCACCACCAGGCUGGGCGCUGCUUACUGUGGGCAUGCAAGGCAUGCAAGCGCAAGACCACCAAUGCUGAUCGCCGUAAGGCCGCCACCAUGCGCGAGCGGCGCCGCCUGAGCAAAGUGAACGAAGCCUUCGAGACGCUCAAGCGCUGCACGUCCAGCAACCCGAACCAGCGGCUGCCCAAGGUGGAAAUCUUGCGCAAUGCCAUCCGCUACAUUGAAGGCUUGCAGGCUCUACUGCGCGACCAGGACGCAGCACCCCCUGGGGCCGCCGCUUUCUACUCGCCCGGUCCGCUGCCCCCAGGCAGAGGCAGCGAACACUACAGUGGCGACUCGGACGCUUCCAGCCCGCGUUCCAACUGCUCGGACGGCAUGAUGGAUUACAGCGGCCCCCCGGGUGGGCCCCGGCGGCAAACCGGUUUCGACGCAGCCUACUACAACCAGGCGUCCAGCGAAUGCAGGCCAGGGAAGAGUGCGGCGGUAUCAAGUCUUGACUGCCUAUCCAGCAUCGUAGAGCGCAUCACCACAGACAGCCCCGCCGCGCCUGCGCUGCUAUUGGCAGACGCACCACCAGAAUCUCCUCCAGGUCCUCCAGAGGGUGCAUCACCAAGCGACACAGAACACGAGGUCCAGACCCCUUCCCCUGACGCCACCCCGCAGUGUCCUGUAGGAAUGAACCCCAAUCCGAUUUACCAGGUGCUUUGA